AUGUAUAGUGACCUUGAAGAAGAUCCUAUAGAUGCACCCAGUUGGCUGGAUGUUCUUCCACUUCAUCCAAUAUUUCAUUUAAAUGAAGGUGAUCCACAAAGAAAACAGUCAUGCUUAACGGCUUCUAUUAGUAAGAACCUAAUAGUAGCCGUAGGAUCUGAGAUAAGAAUCUUGAAUUUAAUGGAAUUCAAGUGUGCAUGGCGUCAAGCGGUAGAGCUCGACGAAUUAGGUUUAAACGAUAUUGACGAUGGCGAAUAUUUGCCAGAAUGGAUGAAUCAAGUUAAACAUGUAACUCUUGAUACACCAUCCAUAAAAUAUCAAAUUAGAUCAAUUUCUGUUAAUUUCAAAGAAAAGGGAACUUUAAUUGCUGUUGCUGGUGAUUAUGAAGUGUCUGUAGUA